AUGAACGGUAGCAUUUCGCAUGCUACAAUCAAAGCAUCAUUUUCACCCUCUUAUUUAUGGUUGUUAUGGGGUCACCGCGUUUCUAUUUCUUGCCAUUUAAAGAUUGAGAAUAUUUUUUUUCUUUUUUUGCAGUCAUAUCUCUACAACCUAACAAUAUCUGGCAAAUUACAAUGGACAGCCCCAGGCCCCUUUCACAACUUUCCUGUGAUGCCCCAAAACCCCGAUCAGUGUCAGCUCGGCCAGCUAACAAUGCAAGGUGUAAGCCAGCACUUAAAUUUGGGCCGGAUUCUUCGCAAGAGCUAUCAUGAGAUCUUGCCGAAACUGCAGCAACUAAAGCCCGAGGAAGUUUUGGUGUUCAGUACAAGAUACAGAAGAACCUUUCAGUCGGCGUUAGCGUUCUUGUAUGGACUGAUAUCCGGCGACGUGUUGACCAAAGUUAAUGUUUUGGAGAGCCAGUCGAUGAGUUUUUGUUUUAAGGAUUGUGAGUGUCCUGAGACUGAGCAUUUGAAGAAGCUUGUGCAGAAAAGCGAAUCUCACCAACUCAAGUCCCACCCAGCAAUACAAACGCUUUCACAAACCACCGGAAAAUUACUAUUUUCAAGCGAUGCAGAACAAAGAUCGUUGAUCAAAGACCCAUAUGUGAUACGAGACGCCUUAUUGGCUUUUGCCUGUCACAGAACUGGUUUACCAUGUGAUGGCCCUUCAAACUGUAUAAGGAAGCAAAAUGUGGCAGGAAUCAUCGCCUACACUGACUGGGUGAAUUAUCAGAAAUGGAGAAAUAUCCAUUGGCGAAGGUUGUGUUUGCUGAGAUCUUAUGGGCAAAUUAGGCAUAUUGUGCAACAGAUGCUCCAUAUGGUAGGAUCUAAUGGCCCAAGCCUAGUCCUCUACUCUGGCCACGAUUUCACUCUACUUCAACUAACAACCGCUUUAGGCCUUGUCAACGACCCACUACUUCUCCGAUACGCUUCCAGGUUAGUAUUUGAGGUUUAUCAGCAGAACAAUCAUAACAACGCAGACGAGAAAGGCAUCUAUUUUCGCUUGUUGUCCAAUGGAAAUGACGUCACGCGACAAAUUGGAUUUUGUCGGAAUGUCGACAAAAAACAUUCUUUGUGUAAAAUUGAGGACAUUGUGCGGUUUUUGCAUGACGAUUAUUUUAGUUCGUUGAAUGUAACGAAUUUUAAGGAUGCCUGUGUGAGAAAGAGCGAGAAGCCAGUUGAUGAGGAUUUUUUUAAUUUUCGGUGAAGAUCUUGAAGUAACCAAACAUUGUGAUUUUUUUUUGUAAAGUGAUAUUAUUUAUUGAGUACCUACACAUAGCAAUAUUAUUUAUAUAUUUAAUAAACUAUAGAAUAUUUCUCUAGGCAGAAUUGGUCCUAGCUACGCACUUGACACAUGUUUUAAAUCAUACACAUAUUUUAAUAAAGUCUUAUCA